AUGGAACCGCCGACACAAGCCGAAAAGAGAGACAUUGCGGAAAGCUUCCUCAGUGACGAGGCUGCGAAGGAACCGGAAAAGCAUGAGGUGUACUUUAAACACUACGAAGCGUUGACCAGAGGAUCGCCCGGCGAUUACGCAGUAAGGAUUGGGACACCGAUGUAUUCCAGUCACGCGGAGGUGAUUUCGUUCUUCAACAAGCUUAUCGGCAACGUAAUGCAGACCAAGGCAGAUUUCGACAGCCUUUUCGCAAACAAUCUGGCCCCCGAAGCGCGGGACUAUGCAAUACAAGCCUUGGUGAAAGCGUCACUGAUGAUCGACUGCGCCUCGAAGCAAAGCAGUCGCAAGGUGGGCGAUUACGUGCCUCGGACAUGGGGGGAGAAGCAGUCCUUCGCCAACUUUGUUGAGCGCUGCUUUCCUCCAUCGACCCAAAGCCGAAAGACCCGCCAAGAAUCCCAGGAUGCACUGGCACAGCGAGGCAGGCUGAAAGCUUGGAAGUUGAAAGAGCGAUACAAAGUAAGGCUGCGACCGACCAACAACCUAGCCGAACAUCUCAUAUUCGAUCCGGAGCGUCGCAUCCUUCAUGUCUUCCGUCAGGUUGGUUUCCUGAAAGCGCAUCUCUACCGCUCGCGUGAUGAAGAUAUUGAUCUCGGAUUUCGGAAAAGUCUGGAGAAGGGAACGUUGCCACCACAGCUGCUGUUGGAGGUCCUAGACUCCAUACAGUUCCUUCUGUUCCCGAACGAUGGACGGUCGUUUAAGUCGCUCGAGAAAUUCACCGAAAAGUACGGUUUCGAUCCCAAAGCGACGUACUUCGAGAGGCAUAUUCGUACAUUGCCAGAUGAGUUCGAGUACAAGUAUCUGGGAGGACGCUUAGCGACGUUGUUGAGGAUAGUAAACCAUCCGCCGCCAGCAAACAGCAUCGUCGCAUGGUUCGAGAGGCACACGUCGGAACGAAAUGCUCUGACUGUGGCUAUCCUAGGCCUGUUCCUGACAGCCCUACUCGGGUUCCUGAGCCUGCUUGUCGGUACUGUCGCUGUAGUCUACAGCAUACUGCAGUACAACGUCGCUGUAAAGGCUUUGCAGUCUUCGCCGAUGUCAUCGUCGACGUAA